UAUGAGCCGUGACCAAAGGACAUUGAAAAUGGAAAAACUUGUCGUAUUCACCGGUAUGUUAGCUUUGGCUGCUGCAGCCCCUGCCAUCAUUCUGAGCCAUGAUGCAGAACUCCACGUACCUUUUUCAUCAAAGACUACGAUAACCAAAAGCAGCCAACACGUAGACCAUGGAAGCACAUACGUCCACGCACUGCCAGUAAUCCACACCGCUCCAGUAGUGCACGCGUCUCCAAUUCUUCACAUAGAGCAACCUAAAACCGUCAUCACCAAAAAUACUGCAGUUCUCCACUCCGUUCCUGUAAUACAUCACACUUACCAUGUUCCUCAGAAAACGACAGUGACGAAAAGCAACCAUCAGAUAAACCACGGCAGUACUCAUGUGGUCCAUGCUUCUGUGGUGCAUACUCCAGUCUUGAUACACUCGUCUCCGUUAGUGACUCUCAAGUCUGGCGACUCUGCUGUGUCUCAUCACAGCUCUACUGUACACGAAACCGUUCCAAUUGUGAAUACUGUACCAUUAGUUUCUUAUCACCAUUAAAUAUUAUAUCUGACUA